GAUUGGGCGGUGUUGUGGUUCUUUAAAGCGUGUUACCGCUAGCCCAGUCGCUAUCGGUGUUCGGUCGUCUUUGUAAUUAGAUCGCAGACCAGUAUAGUACUGUACAUCAUAUUACAACUACGUACAUAAGGUCAAAGUUGAGCUAUGCCCGUGGUCCCCUCCAUCACCGACUCCUCGGGUCCGGUGCCUUCUGUUUGCCCCCACUCAGCCAAGCUCCACCACAGCGAUGCCAAGGCCAACAGAGGGACUGUCAUUUUGAAUGAGGGGUCCGAUGAGAACGGAAAAGCCAUGUUGAAUGGCAAGAAACGUUCCAUGAGUGGAUCGGCUCAGGUGAAAAGUGAAAGGGCUGCUCCAAAGUCGGGCCAAGUGGGUGGGGAUGAGGGGGAGAAUGACCUGGAGAACACGGUCACAGACGUGGAGGAGAGGCAGUGGAUCCGUCCUGACCUACCCAGCAGAUGCACCUGGAAACUGGGUGGGUCUUCUGCAGAGUCCCCUCAUUCCCACCUGGCACGGACUAAAACCCCCAGUAUUCUACCAAACGUCCUGGCAAGGAUUGGAGACACACCACUCAUCCACAUGAACAAAAUACCCAAAAUGUUCGGUCUCAAGUGUGAACUCUUGGCUAAGUGUGAAUUCUUCAACGCCGGGGGCAGUGUGAAAGACCGUAUCAGUUUGAGGAUGGUGGAGGAUGCAGAGAGAGAUGGCCUCAUCCAACCAGGAGACACCAUUAUCGAGCCCACCUCUGGCAACACAGGGAUUGGUCUGGCCCUGGCUUCUGCAGUUAAAGGCUAUCGCUGCAUCAUCGUCAUGCCAGAGAAGAUGAGCAUGGAGAAGGUGGAUGUGCUGAGGGCACUGGGGGCUGAGAUCGUUCGUACCCCCACCUCCGCACGUUUUGAUUCGCCAGAGUCUCAUGUGGGUGUGGCCUGGCAGCUGAAAAACGAGAUCCCCAAUGCUCACAUCCUGGACCAGUACCGUAACCCUAGCAACCCUCUGGCACACUACGACACCACAGCGGAGGAAAUCCUUGAGCAGUGUGACGGGAAGGUGGACAUGUUGGUAGCAGGAGCUGGCACAGGUGGCACCAUCACUGGUAUUGCCCGCAAGCUGAAGGAGAGAUGCCCCAACAUUAAGAUUGUGGGUGUGGACCCUGAAGGUUCUGUUUUGGCUGAGCCAGAGGAGUUGAACAAGACCGAUAAGACCCAGUACGAGGUGGAGGGGAUUGGAUAUGACUUUAUCCCCACUGUGUUGGACAGAUCUGUGGUUGACAUGUGGUAUAAAUCCAAUGAUGAGGAGUCCUUUGCUAUGUCACGCAUGCUAAUCAGGGAGGAGGGGCUUCUUUGUGGAGGUAGUUCUGGCACCGCCAUGGCCGCAGCAGUUAAAGUGGCCAUGGAGCUGAAGGAGGGACAGCGCUGUGUGGUCAUCCUUCCAGACUCCAUCCGCAACUACAUGUCCAAGUUCCUCAGCGACAAGUGGAUGUGUGAUAAGGGCUUUCUAACUCCAGAAGACCUGAUGCAGUCCAAACCCUGGUGGUGGAAUGUGACUCUGCAGGGCCUGAACCUGUCUGCUCCUCUAACCGUACUCCCCUCGGUCAACAUCAAGAAGACCAUCAACAUCCUCAAGGAGAAAGCUUUCGACCAGGCACCUGUUGUUGAUGAGUCUGGCAUGAUUCUAGGGAUGGUUACCCUGGGCAACAUGUUGUCUUCAGUGCUGGCUGGAAAGGUCAAGGCCUCUGACCCUGUUUCCAAGGUGCUCUACAAACAAUUCAAACAGGUGCGACUUACAGAUAACCUGGGAAAGCUGUCCCGUAUCCUGGAGACGGAUCACUUUGCUCUGGUGGUACAUGAGCAGAUCCAGUAUGUGGCUGAAGGUGUCCCCUGUCUGAGACAGAUGGUGUUCGGAGUUGUGACAGCUAUCGACAUGCUCAACUACAUCACCACACGCGAAAGGCGAGAGAGCACACGGGAGCGCACGUUGUCCGAGUGCUCGAUUACGUCUGAGUGCUCACUAACGGACGAGCUGUGACUUCCUGUUUCCUAUGCGGAGGAGGAAGUGACCGCCAGCUUGCUAGUACAAAUCCUCUGAGCAACAAUAAUGAAGAGGAAGACUUAGGUGAUGAGUACCUGUUGGAGUGGUGGGGGUUGAGGUUAAGUCUUACAGAGUUGUAAGGUUAUGAUGAUGAUGUAGUAGUCUAUGCUGCGGUUUAUGUAGCUUAGCUAAAAUGAAUGUAUACAAAUACAUGUAAUGUAGUAACUAGAGGCCUUUCCAUUGGCUGCAUUCUUCAGCAUUGCCUCUUCAUUAUUGGUCUUGAAAGUAAAUUUACUACUUUAAUAUCUAAGGUCAAAUUAAAAAUAUUCCUUUUUGUUUUUCAGGGUACAAAAAAACCAUUAGAAACUGCUUGCUACACUAGCAGCUCAGCACACUGGAAUCUGUCAGCUAAAUAGUCAUCAUAUAGCUUACCACUGUGAAAUGUAUUAAGAUUCCCAUCUAUCUAAUUCUUGGCUGUUUGGUUGAUAACUUCAGAGUUACAUCACCAUCUAGUGACAAGGAAAGACAACCUAAAUGUGAAAAUGUUUGUUUUUAGAUCUGAAAUAGACACCUAUUCAGCAUAGAAAAUAAGAAAUGUUACAUGACAAUAUUCGGACUGCAUGGGCGAAAGGAUGCACCUCUAUUGUCUUCUGUUGGAAAGGUUUGGCUUACAGGAUAGGUGGGUUUGACACAAACCAAUCUGCAUCCCAAUCACGAUUUGUGUUGUCUUUUUUUUUUUUUUCUUGUAUUGAGACAAGACAUAUUUAGUAGUUGGGUGGGGAGAGUAUUUAAAGCUUAGAGUCCCUCAUAGUACAAGUCUUUUAUGCAGGCCUGUCUGUCUGGGCCAGUUGGGGUUGGGCUGUUGGAACUGUUGCUAUUUAUCUGUGCUUUUUGACUCGAUAUACAAUCAUUCAUGUACUAUAUUAUGUAAGGUAUGAUCAUUGAUGAAUAGCUGUUGUAAUCUAUUCCACAUUAGCAAGGAGGAAUGUGAACGUGAUUGACUUGUUCCUAAAAUGCUCCGGUAUUUACAUGAAGUGGAGCAUGUGGUUGAAGUUGCACAGUGAUAUUUGAAUGAUUUUCCCAUCUUCAUUUUCAGCGUGGCUCUGGGUUCAGCUGUUCAUAAAAAAAAAAUCUUGAUUUUCUGAUAAAUAUUGUUUUGUGAUGGUAUUACCAUUUUCCAUUAAAGGCUUGUUAAUUUUCC